AUGCGGCGGCCGCCGCCGCUGCUACUGCUCCUACCGCUGCUGCUGCUUCUUGGUGGCCGCGCGGCGCCCUCGCCAGGUAAGCCGGGCGGAGCCCCGAGGCCAGCGGCGGAGGCCCCUCGGCGGGUGGGUGCCGCGGGAGUGCCUGGGGCGGGGGUUGGGGGGACAACAGGGAACCCCGGGCCCUGGGCCAAGAGCUGGAGGGCGGGCAGGAAGGAACCGCGGGACAGCCGUCUCCGGUCCCGGGCUACCGUCCUGGACUCUGUUUCACAGCUGCCUGUCCCUAAAAACCCAAAGAUUCGCCUGUACAACACAGAACAAGUUCUGACCUGGGAACCAGUGUCCCUGGCCAACGACACAAGGCUGGUGACCUACAGAGUGGAGUAUAAAUUCACCAGUAGCGAUGACUGGUCCACCGUGCCGUGGGUGAACUGUACAAACAUCACAGAGACAGAGUGUGACUUCACGACUGCCAGCCGCCCCCAGGGUUUCCUGUGGCACCGUGGUGUCUAUUUGCGAGUUAGAGCUGAGCUCGGAGACCUGGUUUCUAACUGGGCGACGGUGCCCUGGUUUCAGCGCUACCGGAAUGUUAUCAUCGGACCCCCAAGAAACAUUGAGGUGAUCCCUGGAGAAGGCUCCCUUAACAUCAGAGCCUCCCCUCCCUUUGACGUCGAUGUCUCCAUGGCCACUUUUCAGUAUAAUGUCUCUUACUGGGAAGAGUCUGGAACCCCAAAGCAGACUAAAGACCACAUCAAGAGCAACUUCAUUUUGUUGGAUGGCUUAAAACCCUUAAGUGUAUACUGUUUACAAGUCAGAGUGGAAAUGGUUUGUCAAAAAGAAGGCAUCUUUCGACCUGGGCUUUUUAGCAACACAACUUGCUCCAAGACAGCAGCAUAUGCUGCCACCAAGCUUCAGCAGACCAUUGUGAUCUUCAUGGGCAUCUUUGUGUCAUUGAUGUUGCUGACGGGAGCCUGUUUCCACCUGGUCCUGAAAUACAAGGGCCGAGUUAAAUACUGGUUUCACUCUCCACUCAAGAUCCCAGUAGAAAUAGGAGAGUACUUAAGGGAGCCAGCUCACUCUGUUUUGGAAGCCUUGGAGAAAGACAGCUCGCCAAAGGAAGAGGUGUGGGACUCUGUGUCCAUCGUCUCAUUCCAAGAAAGGAGUGAGAACACAGUCUCUGGAGCUCUUUGA